GCUCUUAGGGGUCCUUUAUUCACAGGAAAGAAUGGCAGUGACCCAACACGGAUUAGGGACCCAGUCGGGCAGCACGGAAAGAGGGAAUCAUACAAACAUAAAGAUCACUAACUUCUGUGAACCUGUCUACUAGGCUGGGACAGGAUAUGAGGUGGAAAGACUAAAAUUGCAACUAAGUGCUAUAGCAGAAAAGAUGCUAGCUCAACAUUGGUCUAUGUUUGUGUUCCACUGACUCUGUGGCUGAAGGCUCCUUGACUUCCGCCUGGAUACGUUCUAGUUCAUCCAGUGUUACAUCAUCAGGUUAACAGAUAUGGAGAUCUCCACGAGGAUUUGGAGAACAGUAUCAAUGGGAACUGAAAUUCUGGACUAGAUUUGAGAAAGGUAGAUGGACUAUAAGACAAUUGCCCAACGAACUGCGGAAGAACUUUUAGCUUACAGUCAAGAUAUAUCUGGUUGGCAAGUGGUUAAAAUCUCAAAAAAGGUAACUGUUUCCAGCAAGACCUCUAGACUAUUCCUCGGAAAUCUAUACCGUAUUGAAGGAAUAAUUCCAGAAUCAACAGCUAAGCUCUCUGACUUCCUCUAUCAGCCUGAAAACAGAGUGACAUGGGAUAAAUCGUUGAAACGGUACAAUGUGAUACACAAGAUUGACUCGGACACGUUUGUAUGCCACACCAUUACACACAGUUUUGCCAUGGGCUCAAUUUCCUCCAGAGACUUUAUCGACUUAGUGUACAUCAAGCACUAUGAAGGCAAUAUGGACAUUAUCUGUACCAGCAGUGUGGACUUCCCAGGCUAUCCUCCAACUUCACAUUAUGUCCGUGGUUAUAAUCAUCCUUCCGGCUGUGUGUGCUCACCUCUGAAAGAAAACCCAGCAUAUUCCAAGUUGAUGGUGUUUGUCCAGACAGAAAUGAAAGGAAAAGUGCCCCUCUCGAUAAUUGAAAAAUCCAUGCCUUCCAACUUAGUGAGCUUCUUCCUCAACGCGAAAGAUGGCAUAAAGGCAUACAGAAGUCUGUCAGCACGUGAACAUCUCAAUGGGCACUCAUCAGCACACAAAAAGAAAUAAAGCCGUUCUGUUAAUAAAUCAUAGAGAUUUCCG